GCAAUAUUGUCGUGUGUGAGCCCUCGCUGCCCAUGAAGCUUAAUCCGACGUCGCCUUGUGCUGCUGCUGCUGCUGCUGGCGGCGUGUUCGUCGUCGUCGUCGUCGCCGUCGAGGGCCGCUGUGCGAGCGAGCGAGCCAGGCGGUACUCGCGCAGCAAGCCUCGCCUGCCAAAACAGCGCGGACGACCUCUGCCAGUCCAUGACCCCCUAACGGCUCGCGUUUUGCAUGAGCCCAGCCCGGCGCGACCCUCAAUGGCAAGCUCGACCAUGCCGGCCUGAAAAAAAAAAUGUCCCAGCCAGUCGCGAAUGAUCUCAACCUUGCUCAACAUGGCCAACGCCGUUCGGCCUCUGCUGCGAGGCUCGAAUGACCGGCAGACCAGACUCAACUUCUUGCCUGUGUCGCGCGAUGACGCCCACGCCCACGCCCAUCACGCCCCAGCCCAUCGCAACACGACGCCCAACGCGACGCGCCGCACUUCGCGAGCCGGCCCGCUGCUUGCGCUUGCAGACCACCACCCGCCGACCGAUACGCCUGCUGCACGACACCCGCCGCCGCCGCCCUCGCCCGACCCGUCGCAGUCGCAGUCGCAGCAGUCGGAGCCGCCGCCUCAUCCUCCACCUCCUCCUCCUACUCUCCCUCUCUCUCUCCCUCUCCCUCAUCCGACCGCCCCUCCUCCGCCGACCGCCGCCCGCACCCACAGCAGAAAGCGGCCCGCCACAGACCUUGACCCAGACGCGACCGACUCAAGGCCGCCCACCAAAAUCACAGUCACACAGCCCCACGGCCAGCUGCUGCGCAUCACCAACCGUGUGCCCGCCCCGCUGGAUCUCGACGCCGACCAUGUCCCUUCCCCAAGGUCAACGCCGCGCCCAGCCAGCCCGGGCAAGCUGGCGCCUGCCCCGGCCCUCGCCGCCCCGGCAUCCACCCCCUCCUCGACCGACAAGCGGAGUCUGAGGAGCCACGAUGGCGGCUCGCGCCUCAAGAGCGACCUCGCCAUUUACUUUUACAACUACGACGACAUCAUCGCCGGCGUGCCCCAGGAAGACGAAUUUCUUGCUCUGGAAACACCCAUCUAUCUUUUCGACGAGCCCAUCAAGGGCACCACCCCCGUGCCAGCCACGCCAGAGCCCUCGCGCACUUCAGCGAGCCCAAGCCGCGCACGCAAGGCCAAGCCACCAUCGCCUUCGUCGCCCUCACGCCAUGCCUCGGAUCCUGCCAUAUCCCCCGCCCAAUCCUCGACAUCCUACCAAGUCCUCAACUACGCCACCAUAGCCAACGCAAUCCGCUACGACGACGGCCAGGACCCGCUCGCCGACUCGGUCUACUUCACCCAGCAUCGCCGCGCCGAGCGAAAGGAGAAGCAGCUGCGCAACAUUGAAAAAGAGCGCGCCAUGCACGAAAAGGUGCAACUAGAGCGACUGCUAGACGGCCUGCAGGGCCCAGACUGGCUCAAGGUCAUGGGCGUCACGGGCGUCACAGACGGCGAACGCAAGGACUGGGAGGCCAAGCGCGACUACUUUAUCAGAGAAGUCGAGGCGCUGGUCGACAAGUUCCGCGUAUGGAAGGAGGAAGAAAAACGCCUGCGCGCAGAAAAGGAAGCAGCACUCGCGGCAAAGGACGACGAUGGCGACGGAGACGGCGAGGAGACGGAGGAAUCAGAUAGUUUCAUGGCCAACGGCCGCGAUCCCCCACCCCCACGACAUCAACAAGCAGCCAAGGAGCCAGAGCCGCCCAAGCCCAGACGACCCCCUCGUCCACAUGGCUUCCUGCUGCCGCUGGUGCCGCCCGAACCCGCCGCCCCAUUCCAGUCGUUUUACUCGAAACCACAUCUCCGCUCUGCAGCCCUCGGCAAGCACCGUCACGGCCGCAACGCCAGUGCCUUUGGUCAGCCCAUUCCCGACUGGCCCGAGAGGGAAUUCGAGCUGCCCGACGACUUUAUCGAUCCCCAGUUCUUGCGCGACAAUGCGCGCCAGCGGAGGAGAAGGAAGCGUGAGAGUGGCGUGGGGGGUACCAAUGCUGUGUCGUCUUCAUCAUCAUCAUCAUCGUUCAAUCCGCAAUAGAUGUUAUCUUUUUUUUUCCUUGCUAUUUUAUAAUGGGCAUUUUGUUUCUCUCUCUCUCUCUCUCUCCCUACAAGGAACGGGCUGUUCAUGGUCUCUCUUUUUCUCUUCUUCCCGCAUUUUCCGGUUCCUUGUUAUACCCUUGAAUCACAUGAUGCUACCAUAAC